UUGCAUCGCGUUAUUAACUGAGAAAUUUUUUGUUGAAACUCAACGAACCAUUUUAAUCUAAGAAAAGUGCUUUUUCGUAGUCAAAAGUAAAGUUACAGUUUUGUCGCCCCCCACAAAGUGUCUCGAAAGUUGAACCGAAAACGAAACAAUUCAUUGGGAACGACAGAAAGAUUUAACAGAGAAAAUCCGUGGGCGCACUUAUGGAAGCGUAUACAUUUAAUUAACAAAUAGUAUGUUCCCGCAGCAUUACGGUAAACUGAAAUGGAAACAUUGCUCGAUAAAGGUCGUUUGGAUAAUUACGUAUCCAAUCUAAAUGACGAAACUCUUAAUGGCGACUUUGAAGUUAUUUUCCGAAACGCACCGUUGCCCAAAGAUUCCCUAUGUGGCAUUGGGCCACUUCAUGGCCGAUUUCUUCAGAAAUGUGCAAACAAAAAGUCUUUUAUUUUUGUGUUCGGCAUAGUCGGAUUAAUUUUCGCAUCAUCUCAUGCUUACUAUAAUGGUACAAUUACAACAAUGGAGAAACGUUUUAAAAUACCUUCGGCUAAAAUGGGCUUCAUAGCGACUGGCAAUGAUAUCACAGGGUUUUUGCUGUCUAUGUUUAUAGCUUAUUAUGGGGGUAGAGGUCAUCGACCACGAUGGAUGGCUGUUGGAAUUCUUACUAUCGUUAUUUAUUGCCUCAUGAAUGUUAUACCUCAUUUUCUCUAUGGACCUGGUGAAGAUGCGCUCCUAUUAACAGUGGAACACGGAGCUGUUAAAGAUGAUGAAAAAACGAAAGCUGUUCAGGAGACAGAUAAUAAUUUAUUGACUUGCCGUCGCAAUGCCACUGAAGCAUCAGAUACUGUUCCAUGUCAAAAUGAUGACGGAAAUAUGGUAGCACAAAUUUGUCUCUUUGGUGCACAAUUGAUUGCUGGCAUUGGGCAAACUUUAAAGCAUACUCUUGGCAUAUCGUAUCUUGAUGAUAAUAUCAAAAAAUCGAAAACGCCAGCGUUGUUGAGUAUCUCGUAUUUCAUCCGUCUGCUUGGACCGGCUGCUGGUUACGCACUAGCUUCACUCUGUCUUAACUUCUAUAUUGCACCAGACCUAACGCCUGUCAUUUCAAACACAGAUCCCAGAUGGUUGGGAGCCUGGUAUUUUGGUUGGAUUUUUAUCGCACUCAUAUUGCUGUCAUUUACGGUUGUAAUGGCUAUGUUCCCCAGAGAACUUCCACGAGCCGCUGUUCGGAAGCGUAUAGCAAUUGAAAAACAGAAACGAGCUAACAAACACAACUUUGAAAUGACUCCAUUGGUCGAAGAAACGGAGGCUUCAAUUAAAGACUUUUAUAUCACAUUCAAACGGCUAUUGCGAAACAAGGUGUUCAUGUUGAACAACUUUGCCGGAAUAUUCUACGUUUUCGGCUUUAUGCCGUUUUGGAUAUUCUCGCCGAAGCUUAUCGAAACUUUGUUCAAACAGUCGUCGUCAGCGUCAAGUUUAUUUACCGGUACUUUUGCAUUGAUAUCGUCAGCAGCGGGUAUUUUAAUUGCCGGUAUUAUAAUAACAAAGUUUAAGCCAAGCGCUCGAUAUUUAGCAUUUUGGAAUGUUAUCGUUGGGCUUCUGUCAGUGUUGUCCAUCUUAUCAUUCUCGUUAAUGGGAUGUGAUGAAGGCAAAAAUGCCAUUCAUACAUCGGUAGGCGUUUCACCAUUAUCGUGUAACGAACAGUGCAAUUGUGAUUUUGUAAAAUAUACGCCAGUAUGUGGCGCAGACAGGGUUACUUAUGUUUCACCAUGUCAUGCUGGAUGUACUCAAGCCACUUUCUUAAACAAAACUAAAAGAUUUGAUGAAUGUGCAUGCAUUGAUGCUGUCGUCGAGUACAAACUGUCGAAAGACUAUUCGAUUGAUCGCCAUCAAGCCCUUCAGGGGCCCUGUCCAGUUGACUGUCAAUCGAAACUUACGAUCUUCUUGAUCGCUAUUUGCUUUAUGAAAUUUAUAGGAUCCACUGGACGAGCCAGUAAUUUCUUAGUUGGCAUACGUUGCGUCGAAGAAAGGGAUAAAACUUUGGCUAUAGGAUUUGGAAUGACAUUGAUACGUCUGUUGGCAGCUGUUCCUAGCCCUAUAUUUUUUGGGUACAUCAUUGACCACGCUUGCAUUGCAUGGGGUAGAACGUGUACGAGUAAAGGAAACUGUUGGCUCUACGAUACGGAAAUGCUCCGGUAUGCCUUCUUCUACACGUCAGCUUUUGCAAUUGCAAUUGGUACUAUUUUCGACGUCUUAGUUUGGAGACAUUCAAAGAAUUUGAAAAUUUUUGAUGACGAUGAUGAUAUUGUGGGUGUCAAUGUAGGGAAAAAUGUUGAUAUUGCCAAUGUAAAUAAAUAAAUUUUACAAAUCAAACCAAUCAA